GAUACAGCUUUUGUCAACAAAUGUUUACUUUUUCGUAGUAGGUUUAGAAUAAUUUAUUACGCAGUUUAGGAUAAUUAACGAAGCAGGUUUGGAUAAUUAGGUUAUGGCUAGGAAAAGAGGUAGGUUUAGCUACAAUGCAAAAAAAUGUCAAUAUACUUACUAAUAUAUGACAAUUUGACAAAAAGCUGUAUCCCAUCUAGGCAUGACCUUGUUUAGCUAGCUAUCUAGCUAGCUGUCCUGUAUUUCUUAACCGUUUUCUAAUUUUAGCAGCCCGGUUUAACCAGAAUAUUUGGUCUCGGGAAUAAAACAGUAGCACCGAUGACCGACUGUGAGGAACUACAAGACGUUUAAUGUAGUUUUUACUCUUGAAGAAUAUGGAGGUAGUGGACAGUCCUCUUAACCUCGCCCAUCAGCAGUCCAGGAAGGCAGACCGUAUGUUGGCAGCUGGUAAAUAUGAAGAUGCUAUUUCCUGCCAUGGGAAAGCUGCAGAGCUGCUGAGGGAAGCCAUGAAGUUAACGGAGUGUGAACAGGCUGGUUUGUCCAUGGCGCUCCAGAGGGACAGCCACGUGAAGCAGCAGCGGCUUAUUGAGGAGAAGUGGAAGAGAACCAGACAGGAGGGAAAGCCCAUGGUCCUCCAGAGCCACCCCUCUACCGACCAGCCCCACGGCCUCGUGACCGACGAGCCCCCGCGUCACCCAGAGAGGGAGUACGACACCUGGCUGUACCUCUUAAAGAACAAGGGUUCCCCUCCUCCCCCCACACCGUGCCCCGGCAGCAAGGCCCACAAGGACGACAAGACACGUCUGGAAGAGCAGCAGACCACUAUCGUUAACCUGCGGCGCCACAUAGAUCAUCUGCUGGGAGAGAACGAGAAACUGUCCCGGGACAACCAGCGCCUGCGAGGGGAGAACGUCCGUCUGAAGAGGGACGCAGCGGACACAGACUUACUGGAGAAAUCAGAGCUGUGGGUUCUGCCCCAGUCAGAGGAGAGGAAGAACAAGGAUAUCUCCAUACCUAACCUGCCACCUCUGGAGAUGCCCACCCAGGAUAUCUCUCUGGACGACCUGCCUGCCCUGGAGCUCCCCGAGGACAUCCAGCAUGAACUGCAGGCGUUGCUGGACAGAGACGACAAGCUGUGAUGAGACAGGCGGACAGACAAGAGACCCCAGCCAGUCCAGUCCAGUACUAACUAACUAAAGGAAGCCUCUCUACAGAGAGACUGUCCAGACUAGACUGGAAGAAAGCUGGCAAAUCUCAAUAAAAGUGUUUGAUUGGUUGGUGGCCUCAGCCACUAGAUGGCAAACACAAAUGGUCACAGUGACAAGUUGGUAAAUGUCAUUUCUCCUUGUUCUGUCUGUCUCCUCAGUGUCUCUACUACUGGGUACUACAUCUCGUUCACACACACACACACACACACACACACACACACACACACACACACACACACACACACACACACACACACAAACUAUUCAGAUACACACACAAACUAUUCACACAAAAUAACACUUCACACACAAGAACAACAAACUCUUUGCAUAAAUUGUGCCUUUGAAAAUGUCUGAAAUGAAGUGAAAAGGGAGUGACUGUCUUCAGUGAUCUCUCUGCUUUGAUAACAGGCCUCUAUAUCUGGUGCCCUGACUGGUUGUCCCUCUGAUACCCACCAGGGACGACAUACUGACCCUCUGAUACCCACCAGGGACGACGUACUGACCCUCUGAUACCCACCAGGGAUGACCCUCUGAUACCCAGCAGGGAUGACAUACUGACCCUCUGAUACCCACCAGGGACGACAGACUGACCCUCUGACACCCACCAGGGACGACGUACUGACCCUCUGAUACCCACCAGGGAUGACCCUCUGAUACCCGGCAGGGAUGACAUACUGACCCUCUGAUACCCAGCAGGGACGACAUACUGACCCUCUGAUACCCACCAGGGACGACGGACUGACCCUCUGAUACCCACCAGGGACGACGGACUGACCCUCUGAUACCCACCAGGGACGACGGACUGACCCUCUGAUACCCACCAGGGACGACGUACUGACCCUCUGAUACCCACCAGGGACGACAGACUGACCCUCUGAUACCCACCAGGGACGACCCUCUGAUACCCACCAGGGAUGACAGACUGACCCUCUGAUACCCACCAGGGACGACAGACUGACCCUCUGAUACCCACCAGGGACGACAGACUGACCCUCUGAUACCCACCAGGGAUGACCCUCUGAUACCCACCAGGGAUGACCCUCUGAUACCCACCAGGGAUGACCCUCUGAUACCCACCAGGGAUGACCCUCUGAUACCCACCAGGGACGACAUACUGAACCUCUGAUACCCACCAGGGAUGACCCUCUGAUACCCACCAGGGAUGACCCUCUGAUACCCACCAGGGAUGACCCUCUGAUACCCACCAGGGACGACCCUCUGAUACCCACCAGGGAUUACCCACCAGGGACGACCCUCUGAUACCCACCAGAAAUGACGUACUGACCCACCAGGGGGCAGACAGCCGCUGCAGUGGAGCCUCUAUGGAGCCUGACCUACAUCCAAAGUGUGAGAGUGUUGAAGUGUUGUUGUCUUGUGCCUCACCAGCUGUCUGUCAGAUAUCCAGUGGAGACGUCUGCGUGGGGAGAGUAAGUAAGGUUGCAAAACUCCAGGAACUUUCCAGAAAACCUGGUUGGACGCUUCCGGAUUAUUCUGCUUAUUCCCGGGAAACUUCCUACCAGGAUUUCUGGGUAAUUUAUUGAAGGUUCCCGUAAUUCUGCAGCCCUCGUUGAGAAUAGUAUCACUGAGUGAACCUGUAGUUUAAAUCCUGACCUUUCCUUCAUCAUUUUCACCAACAACAUGUGAAGGAUCUUGAGUUUAGAUUUGAAUGGUGUGUUUGUCCAUAAGCCCUUCAAUGCAACGUUUUUUUUGUUUCUUUUGGCAUUUUAAAUGUUUCUUAAUAAAUGAAAACAAGUGUA